AUGUUCUGGUCCUCGCUCGCCUGCCUCUCGCUGAUCGCGACAUCCUACGCCAGCCCUCUCAGCCGUCGGGCUGAGGGCAUCAGCGUCGAGAUCGUUCCCGCCGCCGCCUCGGUCAGCUCGAUCGCUGACCUCAAGUUCACCGCGAACAUCAAGAACACCGGUCUUGAGGCCGUCAGGAUCCUCAACUACGGCACCAUCCUCGAUUCCAAGCUGCCCACCAAGUCGUUUGUCGUCACAAAGGAUGGUGCCGCCGUUGCUUUUACUGGAGUCAAGGUCUCCGUCUCCUUGACCGAUGCCGAUGACUCUGCCUACACAGUUAUCAACGCCGGCGAGACCGUCAGCGUCACCCACGAAGUUGCUGCUCUCUACGACUUCGCGAACGCUGGCGCUGGCACGUUCUCCUUCGAGCCCAUAACCGAUUUCGUCUUUGCAGGCACCGCGGUCGAGGCUGUUUCUCCCGCGACCUUCUCCAAGGCUCAAGCCGUCUCCAACGUCGUCCAGGUUGAGAUCACCGGCGACCUCAAGAAGCGCGAACUCAAGGCGCUCGAGGGCCGCGCUCGCAACAUUUGCACGAACACCUCCCGCGCGUCUUUCAUCACCUCCAGCUACAACGAGGCCAAGACCCUCGCCAACCGCGGCAUCUCGUACAUCAGCAGCCGUGGUACGAGCGACUCGGUUUACCGCGCCUACUGGGGCGCCAACACUGCCUCGCGCAUCACCGCUGUCCUCCAGGCCGUUGCCAGUGAGAACUCGUCCUCUCGCACUUUGAGCUGCGUCGACAGCUACGGCGUCUGCACUGGUGGUGUCAUUGCCUACACCGUCGUUGCCUCCACCAACAUCUACUACUGCAGCAUCUUCUUCAACGAAGUUGCCACUUCCAACCUCUGCUCCGGCACCACUGUCGCUUCCCGCAACGUCCGCGGUGGAACUACCCUCCACGAACUCACCCAUGCCGUCGCCAACACUGACGAUGUCACCUACGGCUGUGCUGCCGACCAGAGGCUCUCUGACGCUAACAAAUACAGGAACGCUGACAACUACAACUGCUUCACCACUCAAGUAUAUCAAAACACUGGCUGCUAA